CACGGAGCGCUCACAAGCCGCGGACACAAUGCUGGAAAAUAAAGCGCACAGCUUGCUUCUUGAUAUCUUGCCGUCUCCCCUUAAACUGUAAUGACUUGUCCCAUCAGGAAAGUGUCAUUCUGGGUAUUCUAUUCUGGUAAAAUCACCGCGCGGACUGGUGGAGGUGGUGGAUGUGCUGUGCUUGGAGCUCAGUGGGAACCUGUUGAUAGCCCGCCGGCGCUGCAAUGGAGGUGCCAGACAGAGAAGAAUGACAUUUAAUUGAGACAGAACGUCACAAGGAUACAAGUCAGCUAUGAUGGAGACCAUGGAUACUCAGUGUGCCUUGGAGGCUGUGGAGAGACUGCAAGCCAAACUGAAGGAGAGAGGAGAGACCCCCACACAUGAGAAACUUUCCCUGUUAAAGAUUGUCCUGCAGAGCCCCCUGUUCCAUCAUAUACUCAGCUUACAGCAAGCACAGCGAAAGCCCCCAGCAAAGUCCUACCAGGGGAAGGGCAUUUCCAAAUCUGUGUCCAUGAACUGCGGCCCCUGCCAGGGCAUGGCACUGGGCCUGAGCCACAGUGACUCCUACACAUGGGCCAUGGAGAACCGAAGGCCCAGCACUGCUAGAUCCAUCCAUAGGGACGGCAGCAUCUCCUCUCUGGGUUCACAGGAUCUGUCCUUCUCAAACGUCUACCCAGACAACUGCAUUCACACUGAAUCACAAUACUGCACUCCCCCUCGAAUCUCCCGCACUAUGUCGAUGGGGAGAAACCUGUCUGCUAUUGCUCAUGAGAGACGUCAUGUGGAGAUGAUAGAGCUGACCAAUGAUGGGAAAGGGCUUGGUUUUGGCAUCAUAGGAGGUCGGAGCACAGGAGUCAUGGUCAAGACCAUCCUUCCUGGUGGAGCAGCCGGACAGGAUAAGCGCCUGCGUAGCGGAGAUCAAAUCCUGCGUAUUGGAGAUACAGAUCUGGCUGGCAUGAACAGCGAGCAGGUGGCGCAGGUACUGCGAAAUGCUGGUAGCAAGGUGAAACUGCUCAUCGCCAGGGAUGUUACAAAGGGCAACCACCUUUCCUCUCCCGUCCUCAGCCAGGACAGCUUGGACGGCCAGCUCAAUGACUUGAACGAUGACUACGAAUUCAGUGUGCAGUUCACUAAAAACAGUCGGGGCCUGGGAUUCACCAUUUCUAGCUACAUAGGUGAUCUAAACUCAGUCUACAGUGCUGGUGUCACAGUGAAGAGCAUAGCGAAAGGCAGCACUGUCGAUCAAGAUGGACGCAUCCACAUUGGAGACAUCAUUCUCUCUGUGGAUGGGGUGAGUUUGCAGGGCUGCAGUGAGCAGCGUGCCAUGGAGGUGCUGAGGAGGACAGGUCCCCUGGUUAGACUAAGGCUGCUGAGGAAGGCUGUCUGUCUGAGUCACAUCUUGCCCCCAGUUCCUCCCCUGCAGCCCCUCCGGCACUCCCACAGCUUCCACGAGGGCAAUCCCUACAAAGUGGGCCUCAACAAGAUUCAAGAAACAGGAAUCUGCUCGCUGCGUGAAAUCUCCCGGCAAGCAGCAUACGCCAACAGACGACCCCGACAUGAUUCCAGAAACGGUGUGAAACUGACACCAGCUGAGGAGGAAGACCUUAGGAGGAGGUGGCAGCAUGCAGUUGGACGGCGAUACGAAGUUAUUGUGUGUCAUCUGGAGCGUUUCGGUGAGACAAGUGGUCUUGGCAUCAGUCUGGAGGCUCGGGCAGGACACCACUACCUGUGCUCCAUAUUGCCGGAGGGGCCCGUCGGCCAAUGUGGCAAGAUCUUCAUCGGAGACCAGAUAUUGGAGGUGAAUGGGAUCCCUCUCAUUGGACAGACACAUAAGGAGGUGGUCAAUAUUCUGAAGGAGCUACCUAUGCAUGUUUGCCUGGUGUGCUCUCGCAUUGUACCCCCUGUAAUUCCGGACAGUGAUGAGGAAGAUGACGAUGAUGUCCGUCUAACUCUGAAAGAGCUGCUGGCUGAGUUCAAUGACAAGUUGGACCAGGGAUGUGUCAUUCCCUGUCCUACAGCUGAGGACAUCACCAAGCGUGGAGUGCCCCCCAUGUCACCUCCUCUGGCCAUGUGGGAGAGAGAGGCUCAGGUGGUCGAGCUGGAGAAAGGCGAGUCUGGACUGGGCUUCAGUAUCCUGGACUACCAGGAUCCAGAAGACGCUACUAAAACAGUUCUAGUAAUCCGGUCCUUGGUGCCUGGUGGUGUAGCAGAUCGAGAUGGUCGCUUGCUACCUGGUGACCGGCUCAUGUUUGUUAAUGAAACUGACUUGGAAGGCUCCAGCCUGGAUUAUGCUGUGCUCGUCCUGAAGUCCACUGGCUAUGGCCCUGUCCGCAUUGGAGUUGCCAAACCACUGCCGCUGGAACUGUGUGGCGGCUUAACGCCCAUCUCAGAGAGGAGCACGCGGGCUUCCUGUGAUGACACUGACAGCCACACUCAGGUCAGCCUGCUAGCUGAGGCAGAGGAGGCUACCAACAACACCAACACUUACACCUCUGAGGACAACAGCAUCAUCCAGCCGUGUUACACUUCAGAGGAAACCCAGUUGCGCCAUCGUUUCAGCAUCAUGGAAGAUGACGAUAGGCAGCAAGCACCGCCUCUGCCUCCCCGCACGAGCUUUGAGAGGACAAUCACUGUUGUACGGGGCAACCGUAGCCUUGGGAUGUCGGUGAGUGCUAUCAAGGAUGGCUCAGGCAUGCUGGUGCGCUCUGUGGUCCAGGGGGGCUCUGUUAGCCAGGAUGGCAGGCUGGGGGUUGGGGACGCCAUCUUGGCCAUCAACGGAGAACCUACCUCCAACCUGACCAACGCCAGGGCCAGGGCCAUGCUCCGCAAACACUCUGUCAUAGGGCCAGAGAUGAGCGUAACCUAUGUCCCAGCCCAUCAGGUGGACGAGUACCGCAGCCGUCUGUGUUUACCCCCUUUGGCAUCCGUUGCAGCAGACAGCGCUUCUUCCUCACCCACCCCGCCAAAUCCUUCUCCAGAACCUGCAUCGGCCCUGGCCAGAUCCCCUGGUCCAGUCAGAGCUGCAUUGCCAGCUUCAGGUUCAUCCACCCUCAAAUACUCCACCUCAGUCAAAUUUAAAGCUGCAGCUCCAGGUCCAGCAGUAAUCAGAGCCUCUGCUUCAUUCAAAGGCCCUACCAUCACCCCAGUUUCAGACUCAAGCUGGCAGAUUCCAAAAUCUCUACCUCACAAGAAUAAGAUGGAAGGAAUAGAAGACAGAGAGACUGAGGAGGAGAAAAAGAACAAGAGUAGUGCAGAUGGGAGUGUACCAAAGUUGGAGGUGGAAACAAAAGUGGAUGGUAAAGAGGAGAGAGAAGAGGAACUUCAUUCUCAUAUCACAGUGACGUGGGAUGAACCCAGAAGUGUGCGGCUGGGUCGAGCACCAGGCCAGUCUCUGGGCAUCAGCAUAAUGGGAGGCAGAGGAAUGGGUCAGAGACUGAGCAGUGGAGAGAUGAUGAGGGGAGUCUUCAUCAAGCACAUCAGCCCCGACAGCCCGGCAGCACAUAAUGGCACCCUCCGGACUGGAGACAGGAUCCUAGAGGUGUGUGGUGUGGACCUUAGAGAUGCCAGCCAUGAGCAGGCGGUGGAAGCCAUCCGUAGGGCUGGAGACCCUGUGGUCUUCCUGGUCCAGUCUGGACAACAAAGAUCUCAGUCUCCUAUGCUUACCCUCCACGAGAGACCGUCUCCAACUUCGCAGUCCAACUCACACAGCAGCAAGGAAGCAGAGACUCUCAGUGCUCGAUUCCUUAGUCUCUCCCCUACAAACCCCUUCACCCCCACCCCUUUUAAGGUACCAUCGCCGACAUCAGACAGAAAGGAUUGGAGAAGCCCCAUAGCUGCCACAGUACCAGUCACAGUGGCAGCUGAAGACAAGGAAGACACAAGCAGGAAAAAGAUGCUUCAGCGUUAUGGCAGCCUGUCUGGAAAGCUCCAUAUGAUUGAGCUUGAGAAGGACCCUGCAGCUCGUGGUCUAGGAAUCAGCCUCACAGGGAACAAGGAUGGUUCCAGGGCCCGCAUGAGUGUCUACGUGGCACAUAUAGACCCUCUGGGACCUGCCGGUUUAGAUGGGAGGAUAUGCGUUGGGGACGAACUACUGGAGAUCAAUGGUCAGAUUUUGUACGGACGGAGUCAUCAAAAUGCCUCCACCAUCAUCAACAACACUCCGUCUAAAGUCAAGAUAAUUCUCAUCAGGAAUAAAGCAGCACUGGGUCAGAUGAACCAGGCUUCCAGAGCAGAGUGUGAGGACACUGUUGACUCCCCGACUGACUCUGCAGAGCCUGGAGGAUUAUCCACAGACAUCCAUCACAUCAUCCUACCUCAGGAUCACGUAGGGCUUGGCCUCUGUCUGGCAGAGGAGUCCAAGGAAGGAGUGGUGGUCAGGUCUCUAAUCCAGCAUGGCACUGCCAGUAAGGAUGGCAGAAUAAAGGUUGGAGACAGACUGAUAGCAGUGGGUGAUGAACCCGUGGCAGGACUGUCAGUGGACAAGGUGUCCAGCUUGAUUCUCAAACACCGGGUCACUGUCAAGCUCUCCAUCAGCCACUCCAAGAGUCUCUCUUCCUCUUCAUCUCUCCCGACGUCUCUUUCCUCUCCCUGCUCUCUCGCUCCUGCCUCCUCCGUAACCCUCCCUGUCUCCUCCUCCUCCUCUUCAUCCCUCAGUACUUUGAAGACCUGUACCGCGGGGCAGUCUUGCUGGCUAGGAUCAGCUCCCACAACUUCUGAUCCUCUGAACUGCCCGGUUGUGCCAGGCAGGGAAUCCACCAUAGAGAUUUGUAAAGGAAAUGUAGGCCUGGGCCUCAGCAUCGUAGGAGGAUGUGACACUCUGCUGGGGGCAGUAAUAAUCCAUGAAGUAAAUGACGGAGGAGCAGCACAGAGAGAUGGAAGGCUGCAGGCUGGCGACCAGAUAUUAGAGGUAAAUGGUAUAGACCUGCGGCAGGCCACUCACGAUGAGGCUAUUGGCGUGCUGCGGCUCACCACCCAGUUUGUUCGCCUGUGUGUCUUCAGACACCAGGAGGCCUACAGGGAGGAGGACCUGUGGGACGUCUUCAGCCUGGAGCUGAGGCCUCGCCCUGGAGAGGGGCUGGGGUUAACCACUGUGGGAAAGAGUAAUGACACGGGCAUCUUUGUGUCGGAUAUCAUCAGAGGAGGCGUAGCAGAUUCAGAUGGCAGGUUGUUGCUAGGUGACCAGAUUCUGUCAAUCAAUGGGGAGGAUGUCCGUGCAGCAUCCCAAGAACAUGUACAGAAGCUCCUACAGAGUUGCAGUGGAGCGGUGCACCUGGAGGUAGCUCGUUUUAAAGCCGGGCUGCAGUACUCACAGCGGAAUCAGGAAUACUUUAAGUUGUGUUUUAUCCAGAGCGAAGACUCUGACUGUUCCACCCUGACCCCAUCAAGUGGAUGUGAAGCUUUCCUCAGCCACCAGAGGGAGACAGACAACAAAAUGGGGAGUUACUCAUUUCAAGACUACGCUGACAUCAGAAAAGUCAUAAUUCAAAAAGGUCCAUGUGACUCCCUGGGCAUCACUGUAGCAGGAGGAGUGGGCAGUCCCCAUGACAACGUACCUCUUUUUAUUGCUGCCAUGGAUACCAAUGGACUGGCUGCCAAAACACAGCAAUUACAGACAGGAGACAAGAUCCUCAGUAUCAAUGAUGUGUCCAUGGAGGGAAUGACUCACGUCCAAGCUGGAGCCCUGCUGAAAAAUGUUACUGGAACCAUCAGUCUGCAGGUGGCAGCAGGUUCUGGUAGGUGCAGCCCAAAGGACCACAAUGAUGUACGUGCCCUGUCAUCAGGCCAGCCCGGCAACCUGCCCCGAUUUCACAACAACCUCCGUGCUCGCAUGUAUAAGACCAUCACUCUGGAGAGAGGCUCAUCGGGCCUGGGCUUCAGCAUUGUAGGAGGAUUCGGCAGCCCUCACGGAGACCUGCCCAUCUACAUCAAAACCGUCUUCAACAAGGGGGCGGCCGUAGAGGACGGCAGACUGAAACGUGGAGAUCAGAUCAUAGCUGUGAAUGGACACUGUUUGGAGGGCGUGACUCACGCUGAAGCGGUGGACAUCCUGAAGAAGACUAAAGGAACUGUAGUCCUAACUGUCCUCUCCUGAGACACAGCCCAUUGUUGUAACAAACAUGUGAUUAUGUCUUUGCAAAGUAUCUCAUAAAAUAAUUUAGGUACCUCCUGUAGAACUUCUUCAUGCAAAUUUGCGAUGGCAAAUUUGAACAAUUAAAGUGAUAUUUGUUUUGUUGAUUAUCAUAAGAUGAGUAAAGGUCUGAAUGUGUCUUUGUUUAGUAAUUAGGGAAGCUACCUAUAACCACAAACACACUGUGGGUGUGUUCACAUGCAUACAGUAUUUUCGAAAUGAAUUCAGUUUCUGUGAAGGCAUCAUUUGAACUGAUGUGUUCACGUUAUAUGAAUCUCCCUAUACCAAUCAUGAAUACCUCUGAAUUCAUAAACAAACACAAAGCACCAAAAACUGAUAUUAAAUAAGCCAAUACCAUAGUAUCCCAACUGAUGAUGAUAUAUUGCCUCUUAUCCUGCUCAAGGUAUUUAUAGUAUAGUUAUGCACUGAUAUGCAUCAUUGCUCAUGUGAACACACUCAUGAAUAAAUCACCAUCCUCAAGUCACCGGUCUGAUGACCGUACAUACGAAUGCAACAGAAAUGUCUCUGUAUGCAGGCUUCUGCUUGUUAACUGCUGUGAUGAACUCCUGAGACCCAAAACAUGCCAAGUGCUUCUGCCAAUCUUUUGUAUGGCAAUAAGGCUUUAGGACAUUUGCUUUGAAAAGGCUUGUAUUCUUAUUCUAGUCGUUAAGAGUGUGUCAUGAUUUCUUCGAAUAGUGUAUUGCGUGACAUGUCGAUAAUUAGCAAUGAUAACCACCUUAUGUUAAGCAGGUAGAACAGAAAAAAAUAAUCAUUUUGUUACAUCUGUUGAAAAGCAGCUGUUGAUAUCAGUUACUUUAAAUGUAAGCUGUGUGAGAUUUAUUGAUUGAUUUCUUAUUUGUUACUGUUUUCGUAAUCUUUAGAUUGAUUGAUUGUUUUUUAGGACUUCAAAUAAGUAUUGUUAUGGUGUCACGUGCAAUCUUUAUGUAGAAACCAUCUCAUACCUGUUUUAUAUGAAUGUACGGUGCAUACACUAUGAUAUUUACGUUUUGUUAACAGUAAUUCAUUUUAUGUCAUGUGUGUCAGUAGUCUUCAAACCACACCCCACACACCUGUGUGUCUGGCUUUGUGUUACAUUGUAUAACUUAAUGUACUGUUAUUAAAUGUUCUUUUGUUAGAGUUCA